CCUUCCAAAUCUCCCAUCGCAACAGAGCGAGGACAGCAAAUCUCUGCUGCUCCUGAGUUCCUCUAAUCUGCCGCUGCACAGAUUCCCAGCACGAGCAGCUACCUUCUUAAUCAGUGUGGAUGUUACCAGGCAUUUCCAGAGUCUCUACAUAACGGAACAGAAGAACUUACGGUAGGGCCCUGAAGACCCAGAUCCUACUUGUUUCCCUGCAUAUUUCUGGGCUCUCUUUUUGAUUCCAGCAUGAGCAAGACUGAAGAUCUUAACAUGGUCCCUCCCUUUCCAUUCAAUAAGAAUUGGAGUUUAGAGCGAGGCUUCCUCACACAUAUCCCAGGUCACUGCAGAAACACAACUGACCUUACUGUCUUUUUAGUCGCCUCAUAUAGCUUAGAAACCAUCCUAGGCAUCCUCGGAAACAUUUGCCUGAUUAGUGUCAUAGUCAGGCAGAAGGAGAAGGCCAACGUCACCAGCAUAUUCAUUACCAACUUGAUAGUCUCUGACUUGUUCAUGAGCAUCGUCUGCCUGCCUUUCACCAUCGUCUACACCCUGAUGGACUACUGGAUAUUUGGUGAGGUCAUGUGCAAAAUGACUUCCUUCAUCCAGUGCAUUUCUGUGAGUGUGUCAAUUCUCUCCCUUGUCCUCAUUGGUCUGGAAAGACACCAGCUCAUCAUAAACCCAACUGGCUGGAGGCCAAGCAUCCCCCAAGCCUAUCUAGGGAUUGUAGUCAUUUGGACAUUAGCUUGCCUUAUGUCUCUGCCCUUUCUGACGACCUCCGUCUUGACAUAUGACUUGUACAAGCAGUUCUCCUAUAUUACGGAUUCUUCUGCCGACAAGGCCAUAUGUAUGGACUCAUGGCCUUCUGACCAGCACCGACUCAUCUACACCACUGCCUUGCUGCUGUUCCAGUACUGCAUCCCUCUCUCCUUUAUCCUGGUUUGCUACCUGCGUAUCUAUUUACGCUUGCAGAAGAGAAAGGACAUGUUUGAGAAGAGUGCAUACAGUGGCCGAGUGGUUCAGCUGAGGAGGAUAAACAUUUUGUUAGUAUCCAUGGUGGUUGCCUUUGCUGUUUGCUGGUUACCAUUGCACGUUUUCAAUAGCAUUGAGGACUGGGAUUACAAAGCCAUUUCCCCUUGCCACCACAACCUUAUUUUCUCAUUGUGCCAUCUAGUAGCCAUGGCUUCCACCUGUGUCAACCCUGUUAUCUAUGGGUUCCUAAACAAUAACUUCAAAAAAGAAGUGAAGUCGCUGAUACUGAGCUGCCAGCAUAAUUCAUCAAUGGAAGAAUAUGAACAUUUACCUUUGUCAUCCAUGCAGACUGAAGUCUCCAAAGGCUCCGUGAGGUUGAGCUGUAGACAUAAUUCCAUCUAGUCACAAGGGAACAUCUUCUGAAGUCUCCACUGAAGAGACUUCAGGGAGGUUAUUACACAUGGAUGAUAAAAGCAAUUGAUGGCACCAUAGUCUGACUCCAACACGUGCACCAUAGCCAGCUGCUGUCCAAUUUUUGGAAGAACAGUCAUUGACUGCAAGGAAAGAUAAUCAGUAUAGAUAAGUGAGGAAGAUCAAAGGAGAUACCGAAUUGUAUGUAUUGGUGAGGUGGCGCAGCUCUGAAAACAGACUUCUUGCAAACAGGACAUGUGCUCAAGAAGUUGCUUUGUUUCUAACUACUUAAUAGACAUCUAUGGUUGCACACAGACAGCAGGGUCAUCAGCUAAGCUGCAGACCCUUAUCACUGAGGGUAGAACCUGGGAAUUCCAACUCAAACACUUGAGUUAGUGGAAAUUCUCCUCUGUCAGUAUUAGUAGGAAACAUACAUACGAUAGGCUGACCACUAAGUUUACGAACAGAAUUAUAAGACAGGAUUGCCUGCAAUAGCAGGGGACUGGACUCGGUGACCAGGAGGUUCCUUCCAGCCCUAGGUCCUCUCUGCCUACAUUCCUCUAGGAAUGUGGGUAUAUAUAAUGUGUACAUUACUGACCCCCUCUCACCCACUAUUAGGAAACACUCAUCUUCUCAGCUGAUGAGGUUCACAGUAGUUCACAUCCAGCAGAUCUGUAACAUAUCUGUAACUACUUACAUACAGACAUUGGUGGCAGUUAAACCUGCCCAUGCAGCAUGGUGAUUCAGCCAUGAACCUGUCACUUCAAAAACCCCACAGGCUUCUACCACUUGAACUUCAAGGAAACGUCUAAAAAAGGAAAAGGAGGACUUGUGGCACCUUAGAGACUAUCAAAUUUAUUUGAGCAUAAGCUUUCGUGAGCUACAGCUCACAAAUCUCUGUUCACGCUAGGGCUUCUCGUGUACCCUCUUUUGGCCAGCUUCUUGAUGACAGUAUUCCAGAAAACUACACCACAUGGCACACUGAACUAGCACAAACCAGAACCAUUGCUCAGUAACAAGGUGCAUCAAGAACUAGCACCAUCUAUGGAUGAUAGACAGCAGUUGGAGGUGUUACGCUAUUUGUUGCCUCUGUUACCCUUCAUGGAGACUAUGCAGAUCACUUCCCUUUUCAGAUGAUGCAAAACCAAACAAUCCCAGAUUUACAUGGGAACUUGGUCAGAUUGACUUGACUGUCAUUCUUCUGGCUGUAGAUCCUAUGUCUCCAUGCUACUAAAGGUACAGUCACAGAUGCUGGUACUUUAAGAUGUUUGGAUCAUUGGCGUCUUUGACAGAUCUCAGAUGGGGGAUUGAGGUGACACUAAGCCAAUGUCACAUCCGUUCUUUGCUUAGCAUCUCAUUCUGCUCACAGGCUCUCUCAUGUGGAAGGACCAAAUGGCUGGGGAGAAAGGCUUCUGAUGUAGAAAUGCCAGCUGUAAUGAACAGUGACACUUCCAGUGGAGUGAAGCACAUUUUGAAAACAGGCGCCAAGGCUUCAGGUUUACCCCAGAAGAGAAAGGACCUUGGAAGGAGUGAUGCCAAAACUGUGAAAAGUCUAUGGAAGACCAAUGAAAAUACAUGAAGGGGAUUGAGUCACACACAUUAAAUCCAAGCCACAUGUAAAUCAAGUGUGUUGUCAAUUGUGUCAUGGAAGCGAGCUUUGUGCUUUCUCACUUCAGUGAUAUUUUUUUACCCUUUGUCUGGGCAACUUACCUGCAAACCAUAAGAAACAUAAUACUCAUUUUUCUUUAGAAAAAAACAGUACAUCAUACUUCUGGAGUCUGAGUUCCUCUCUUUAUCAAGACAUUGCUCUGCAGCUACUGCUGGGAAACCAAGAUGGAAGUCAAUAUUAGGCACUGUUGAAAGUGAAAGCAAAUCAGAAAGGACACCAACACUUUCAUAUAAAGUAUACUAGGACAGUUUUAAAGACCUAAAUGGGGUCAUGUUUUGUCAUGACUUGACAUUCUGUGCAAUCUCAUCCAAGUCAGUGGGCUUGCACAUGGUGGAAGGUAUUCAAUGCAUAGAUACUAGAAAUACAAUAGCUAUGUAGUUACCUCGCUAGACAAAGUGGUAGGUCAGAGCAGAAUUUGACCCAUGCAUAUUCUCCUUCAGACCCCAGCAUAUGGGGCAGAUUUUGUGACUGCAGUGUAGCUUUAGCCAUGUCAGUCCGGGGUAUUAGAGAGACAAGGUGGGUGAGGUCAUAUCAUUUGUCGGACCAACUUCUGUUGGUGACAGAGACAAGUUCUGUAGCCACACAGAGCUCUUCUCCAUGUCAGAUUUUGUGAAGACAGGAGCUAAACCAUCUCAUGCUACAAAGUAGCAAGUUCCAUUAAUAUCCAGUGGGCUAGAUCCUCAGGUGAUGUAAAUGGGAGCAGCCCUACUGAGUUAAAUGGAGGCAAGUUACAUCAUCUGAGAAUCUCACUCAUUGAUGUAAGUGGAAGUUGAAGAUGCUCAUCAGCUUACGGACUUAGACCCCAAGUUCUUGACCAUGCCAGAACUGUCUAGUGGCAGCUAUCCUUUUGAUUCCCUUCAGAAAUCUGCAUCCUGAAGUCAGCUGAUCUAUGCAUGAUUUCAUUUUGUAUCUUUACCUAUUGAUCUGACACGCAUUUCUGCUCCUUCCCAAUGAGCUUUCUGCAGUCUUCUUUAGAUAUUAGUUGCCAUGACGAUGAGGAGAAUUUGUUUCUCUUGAUUAGUGUGUAGAAGAUGCCACUUCUGGGCUAGAGUUAGACUCCACUAGAAGACUUUGUACCCUUACAGACCAAGUGGGCUGUAGGCCACAUCCCUAGAUCAAUAUUGGUACAGUAACUGAAACCAGAAUGGUCCUACCAAUCAGUGCUGAGAAGCACAAAAUAUAUUCAUUCCGACUGAACUCCUUGACUUACAGGAACUUUGUAUAAACUGUGUUUUAUUCAAGGGCUUUGAGUAGAGCACAGGUCUCGCACUGGGCUUCUUCCCAGAGAUGAGUUUCUCCCAAUUAGCCUUGAGUAAUUCUGCUUGUUUCCUGCACUUGUUAGAAUUCUAAUAUUUAAUUAACAGCUGCAUGUCGAGCUCUGAUCACACAUCAGCACAGAAGAUAUCUGAUCUGUAGCCCUUUGUAAAUAGGUGAUCCUGUACUCACCAGUCUGUUAAAGGGAACAACACAAUUAGUCAUGGAAGUUUUGCUUCUAAGCAGAGUGCAUGCACAUAAGGCUUAUCUUUGUCACUGAUUAGCAUGAAAAGCUCCAAGAACAUAAUGCUAAAUGAAGCCUAUUUGACAGAGAAUUUAUUAUAUGGCUGUAACUGUGAUACAUCAGCGCAACUAUUUGCAUUGUACAGCAUCAUCAAGUUCAAGCUGCAUUCUUGAUGGGUGGAGUUAGCUGUUGGGUCUGAUUCUUCUUUGCCCUGCACUUUGUGCAGUCAUUUACAGCUGUGAGUGCAAAGUGUAUGUAAAAGGCUAACAGAUCAGAGGGGGUAGCAUAAGCCAUGCUAACACACUGCGGUUUUGUCCCACUCUGGUGGCUAGAUGAAGCAUAGAGGUCUAUGAAUCUGCUCUGAGCUAAUGGACUUGGACCCAGAUCCUUAAAGGCAUUUAGGCUCCUAGUUUCCUUGGUCCUUUAGCUCAACCAGUAGCAGUGAAUGCUUUUUGCUGCAGAGGUCCUGGGUUCAGUCCCUAAAACCACCCUCUGACUUGGGGUGUCAUUACAGCAGUGUUUUAGCUGACUCUGCACAGGUGUAAAUGACUAACGAGGUUCAGGGUAAUGGAGCAUUGGGCCCUAUUAUGUUUGCUGUGUGUUGUAGUGAUGCUUUGGGAAAUUAUUACCAGCUUUACUACUGUGAGAAUGGGGAGGACGUGCGUACAUGCCUUACUAAGUAACCAUGAGCUCUUAUUAUUGUCAUCUUUGUCCGUCCUGUCCAUUUGCCCCACUUUGUCUCUUUAUGUCCCCGCUUGUUGUGGCACAAUGAAUAUAAAUUGUAAGCUCAUCAGGGCAAGGAUAUCAUCUUUAUUUGUGUCUGAGCAAUGCCUGGCACAAUGUGGGGACCUCAAAUUAACAAAUAAAAUAAUAAU